UUCACAGAGCCAAUAACUAAUGUAAAUGUGAAACCCUGCCUUGCACAACCAAUAGCAAACCAGACUCUAAACCUGACCUGUGAGGUGCUUGGAUCACAGACUAUUUCCUCAAGGCUCUGGCUGAAGGACGGUCAGCCCUUGUCCACUAGUGACAGAAUAACAUUGUCUGUGGACAACAGCACAGUCUCCUUCAAUCCAGUGCUGCAGUCUGAUAAAGGCACAUAUCAGUGUAAAGCUGAGAACCCUGUAAGUGAAGUGACGAGUGCUGGAUACAGAUUGGAGGUCAAUUAUAAAGAAGAGCCCACAGGUUCGGGGUCCUUGUCUUCAGGAGAGAUCGCUGGAAUUGUCAUGGGCACACUUGCAGGGGUCACUGCCAUUGCUCUUGGGGUGUAUUUAAGUGUUAAACUAUGCAGGAACAAUCCACAUGAUCUCAAACCUGGUCCAGCUCAAAGCAGUCCAGGUGCUGUCACUUAUGAAAAUUGCAAGGUUCCGAAAGCAUCAGCAGUGUAUGAGAACACCAGUGCUGUCCAGAGAGCAGGCGAAGCAAAAAACCCGGACAGCACAUACACAGGCUUACAGUUUCCUGAUCAGUCCACAUACAGCACCUUGAACAGAGCUUGAUUCAGGAAACAACCCAACACCAGCACAGCCUGUGACUUGAAGAGUAUUUUUGAAAGUUUUUAUUUUCAAUAUUUUUGUUUUCUGCACCUAAUGACUGUUUCUAUUGUAUUUAUAAAC